ACCAAUAAAUCCUCCAAUCCCAUUCCCCCUUUCUCUUCUAUCUCCCCUAAAACAAAAUAUCAGUUGGCCAUCCUCAAGAAUUCUCAAUUCACAGGAUGGCCAUCACCCAUCUUUUAUCCACCAAUAUUACACCCUCUCUCUUUACUACCCAGCUCAAACACUCACUAUUUCGUCAAAGAGCACUACUCAUAUGCCCAAAAAGGCCUACAAUUCGAGCUCAAUCUAAGAACAACGAUGCUGCAGAUGGCCCAGAUCGUUUAAUCUCCGCCAUCACUUACUUCUACCCUUUCUUUGACGGUAUUCAAUAUGGGAAAUAUGUCAUCACUCAGUUUGCUCCAAUCCAAACCCUUAUUCAACCUUUAGUCCCAACUAUUAGGGUUUUCAAGAGCUUCCCCCUUAAUGGGUUGCUGAUUUUCUUUACCCUUUACUUUGUUGUUGUUAGAAAUAACAAUUUCAGUAGGUAUGUGCGGUUCAAUACCAUGCAGGCUAUUGUUCUUGAUGUGCUUCUCAUAUUUCCUGAUCUUUUGGAGAGGAGUUUUAAUCCAAAAGAUGGGUUGGGGUUGGAUUUGAUGAUGAGCUUUGAUAGCACUGUAUUUUUGUUCCUUUUGGUGUCUUUAGUUUAUGGUUCUUCUUGUUGCUUGUUGGGGCAGCUUCCUAGGUUGCCUAUUGUUGCUGAAGCUGCUGAUAGGCAAGUUCUAUGACUAUGAACUCCUUAAUUUUACUUAUUUGGGAGUUCCUCUUUGUACACUUACUUAUUUUUUCUUUUGUUGACAGUUAUAGCUAUUUUGUUUGGAAGUAAAUGUUUAUGCUCUUUUACUUUUGUCA